UAUUCAAUUUGAAUAAUUCUUUCAGUAUUUUUACUUUACUUGUUAAUUAUCAAUCUCAUGGCUUUUAAAGCUGUAUCAUUUGUAUUUAAUACAAAUAAACUUAAUGUUUUUAGCAAAUUAUUUGAAACGAAAUACAGAAUGGGGUGUCUAAAAUACUCUUGUUAUUGAUGUAGGCUAAAUUAAUAUUCUAUCUUGGGAUUGCCAAGUUUAGUUCUUAUCCGGUUCAUUUAUCUUCGUUGGUGAAGGAGUACCAGUCCAAUGGCUGUAAAGAUUUUAGACGAAUCACACUUAGCCAUCAGUGCAAUAGUCACUGUGGCUAUGCAAUUGAUAUUCUUUGGAAUCGCCGCAGGCUACGAGUAUGAUAAAGUGGCUGAUUUCGCUGGAGGAACAAAUUUUAUUAUUAUCGCUCUUUUAACCUUCUUUCUUGGACAAAACUCAUUUAAACCGAGCUAUGAUAGUCGCCAGCUAAUGGUGACAGCGUUUGUGUGCCUGUGGGGAUUCCGGCUCUCCUGCUACCUUCUCUACCGCAUUGUGCAGAUCGGACGAGAUGCUAAAUUUGACGACAGACGGAGCAACACUAUUCGAUUUGCCGUCUUCUGGACGUUUCAGGCAAUCUGGGUGUUCGUGGUGAGCCUGCCUGUGAUUUUCAUCAACGCGCCGCACAAUUCGAUAUCUCGCGGAGCUCCCAAAACGAUGACACCACUCGACUCCACUGGCACCGGCAUGUUCUUCACCGGUCUCAUCAUCGAAACCUACGCCGACCUCCAGAAGUUCUCAUUUCGUCAAGAUCCGGCCAAUAAGGGCAAAUGGUGUAACGAUGGACUAUGGCAAAUGUCGAGGCAUCCGAAUUAUUUCGGUGAAAUUCUUUUGUGGUGGGGAAUAUUCGUGAUCUCGUUGAAUGUGAUCGAGGGAGAGGAGUGGGCCGUUAUUGCCAGUCCAUUGUUCACAACUCUCAUAAUUCUGUUCAUCUCUGGGAUGCCUCCUCUUGAGCGCUCCUCCGACUUCAAAUAUAGAAGGUAAACCUCAUUGCUCUUAUUUCCUCA